AUGGCCUUUCACUGGGCCACAAGGCUGCUGCUCUUGGUAGCCUGGAGCGUGGGCUCUGGUGAAGCCUUCAAGUGCUACACCUGUGAGCAGCCCACGGCCAUUAACUCCUGCAAGAAUAUUGCUCAGUGCAAGCUGGAAGACACAGCCUGUAAGACCAUACUGGAGACAGUGGACGGGGAGUUCCCCUUCAACCACAGUCCUAUGGUGACCCGCUCCUGCUCCAUUUCCUGCCUGGCCACCGACCCUGAUGGCAUCGGGGUUGCUCACCCUGUCUUCUGUUGCUUCCGUGACCUCUGCAAUUCAGGGGAGGCAGGCUUGGUGACAGGCCUCUAG